GGAAGGAUCUCCAGAUCUUUCUCCAACCCUUUCCGGCCUCUAUCUGUCCCGAUCUCCCGAGAGCCCCUACGCGGGCAGGAUGGAACCAACUGGGAUCUUCUGCAGCAAGCCAAGUGAACCGAUCAUCUACAAGGUCCGAGUGGCCACCGGCCAAGGGCUCCUGACCGGGACCUUUGACGUGGUCUCCAUCACCUUGGUGGGGAUCAACGGAGAGAGCCCCAAGCAAGUUCUGAACCGGGCCGGUACUAGCUGUUCCCGGGGAUCGGUAGACAACCAGGAAGUUGCCUGUGACCAUGACCUGGGCCCCAUCCUCCUGGUCCGGCUGCAUAAGGACCCUUAUUCCUUCUUCCCCGAGAGCAGCUGGUUCUGCAAUUCUGUCCAGGUGACGUCCCCGCAGGGGGAGUGCUACCACUUCCCUUGCUACCAGUGGAUCGAGGGCUACUGCACCGUCUCCUUGAGAGAAGGCUCAGCCAAGACUCCGUCGGAUGACACUCAUUAUCUGGAGCGGCGGCAUCGUCGAGAGGAGCUGGUGAUGAGACACAACAAAUACGGAUGGAAGGAAUACCUCCCCGGCGUUCCCUGCUGUGCUGACAUCGACACGGCCCUGUCCCUGGAGUACAACCUCCAGUACUCGUUCCCGAAAGCCACCGCCUUCUUUGGGCGUGGGACAAUGGCGAUGUUCGAGGCCAAGGUGAAGGGCUUCUUGGACAAGCCGUUUUCCUGGGGGAAGCUGGAAGACAUCCGCAAGGUCUUUUGGUUUUAUCACACUCCUGUCACAGAGUUUGUGUUCAACCACUGGAAAGAGGACGAGUUCUUCGGCUACCAGUUCUUAAACGGGAUCAACCCAGGGAUGAUCCGGAAGUGCACCAGGAUCCCAGACAAUUUCCCUGUGACCCAGGAAAUGGUGGCAGGAUCUCUGGGGAAAUACACCACCCUCCAAGAAGAGCUGAAGAAGGGAACCAUUUUCCUCACUGACUAUAAGAUCCUAGAGGGCGUCCCCACCAUCCAGCUGAACGGGAAGCGGCAGUACAUCGCGGCUCCUCUGUGCCUGCUGCACCAGAAACCCACUGGAGAAGUCGUCCCUCUCGCCAUCCAGCUCAGCCAGCACCCGGGCCCCCAUAGUCCCGUUUUCUUGCCCACCGAUGAAGAAUGGAUCUGGACGCUAGCCAAGACCUGGGUCCGCAACUCCGAAUUCCACGCCCACGAAGUGAUCGCCCACCUCCUCUGUAGCCACCUCAUGUCAGAAGUCUUCGCGGUGGCGACUCUGAGGCAGCUGCCAAUGUGCCACCCACUGUACAAGCUCCUGAUUCCUCACCUCCGGUAUUCCAUCCACAUCAACGUGUUGGCUAGAACCUACCUUACCAACCAAGGAGGCAUCUUCGACAGGGCCAUCGCGACUGGGCGCCAGGGGUUAGCGGUGCUUCUCAAAAAGGCCCUGGAUAAUUUGACCUACACGGAUCUUUGUCUCCCAGACAACAUCGAGGCCCGAGGUGUCACCUUGCUCCAGAACUAUUACUACCGAGAUGAUGGGCUGAAGAUCUGGGAUGCCAUCGAGAGCUUCGUCGCCGGCAUUGUGGAGCUCUACUAUAAAAACAAUCUAGCCGUCCAGAGGGACUACGAGUUGCAGGCCUGGGUCUGUGAUAUCUUCUCCAAGGGCUUCCUGGCCAAGCGGUCCUCAGGUAUCCCUUCCUCCAUCCGCUCCGUCCCGGAGCUCACCAAGUUCUUGACUAUGGUCGUCUUCACCUGCUCAGCCCAACAUGCAGCGGUCAACAGUGGACAGUUUGAACUGGGGGCCUUCAUGCCCAACUUGCCGUCUUCAAUGAGGAAGCCCCCGCCCCAGAUCAAAGCCCCAAUAACGUUGGAGGAGUUCCUGGAUGUCAUCCCCGAGAUGAACACCACCAGCCAGGUCCUCUCCGUCCUCUGGGUCUUGCGCAACGAGGACUUCGACAUGAAGCCACUGGGGCAGUACCACGAAGACCACUUCACCGAGGAGGAGCCGAAGCAACUCAUCAAGGCUUUCCAGCGGCGCCUGGAGCACAUUACGGAGGAGAUCACGAAGAGGAACGAGUCGCUGACGUUGCCCUACACCUACCUGUACCCACCCAACAUAGAGAACAGCACAGCCAUCUAACGCCUGGCAGCUGCGACACGGGGCCACGUUUCCAGGCCACGGCCAAACGUGCCCGGAAACGUCUCGCCCUGCCUCUUUCCUUCCGAGAUGGAGAAAUCAGAGAGUCCGUCCCCUCCUCCCAAAUUCUCUUGGGAACGUCACUCCGAAAAAGCAGAACAAAACGGAUCCUGCCGCACGGUGCCCAACGCUCCCUCUAAGCUGUGGAGUCUUCUGAGCAAAAAAUCCUACUUGGUGAGCGACUGGCAAUAAAGCCGCGAGCGAGCGAUGGGGCCGCUGCAUCAAUGAGUCUGCUCUGGAGCCCUCCUUCCUCAGCGAAGACAAAAAUGGGCGAGCCGGAGGCUCAAAAACUGUGAGCUGGCUCACACUCACUCAGCUUAGAGGGAAUGUGAUGGUGACGCCCAUUACCACUCGCGACCGGGAGAUUUGCUCUCGAUAUUUAAAACCACCCACCAAGCUGAAGAUGGGGCCGCCACACUUCCUGGGCGAUAACCCCUCAUUUCCUGCUCCUUCCGCCCGUUCCUUCUCCCAGGUGCUAUAAGGGAAGGUGGCAACAGAGAGGUGGGAGAAGGAACAGUCGCAGAUCUCUGGGUGGCGGGAGGGCUCUUUUUGUAGCAGGGACUCGUUUGCAUAUUAAGCGACA